CUGAAGAGGAGAUCCAAGAAGCGAAGUGGGCAUGGGGACCAUCAGCGAAGGCAGUGGCGGAGGGAAGCCGCAGAGAAGAACUUGUUCUUGCACCAAGCAGGACUUCCUUCCCGAGGAGUCGUUCCAGAGCUGGGCUAACUACGGCAAGGCGCUUAAGGAGACGGGAAUGCGACUCAAGGAUCGCGUCAUGUCGCGGUCCCUCGACAAGUCGGAGCUCACCGAGAUCAGGGCACGGAGUGGGCACGAAAUGAAGAAGAACCUCACAUGGUGGGACCUCAUCUGGUUCGGCAUCGGCGCCGUCAUCGGCGCCGGCAUCUUCGUCCUCACUGGCCAGGAGGCGCGUGACGAUGCUGGCCCUGCUGUGAUCCUUUCCUACGUCGUCUCCGGCGUCUCUGCCAUGCUCUCUGUUUUCUGCUACACCGAGUUCGCUGUGGAGAUUCCAGUUGCAGGUGGUUCCUUUGCCUAUCUUCGUGUCGAGCUCGGCGAUUUCAUGGCCUUCAUCGCUGCCGGCAACAUCCUCCUCGAGUACGUGAUCGGUGGUGCCGCCGUCUCCCGCUCAUGGACGUCGUACUUCGCCACCCUCCUAAACCACCACCCGAACGAUUUCCGCAUCCACGCUACCUCCCUUGAUCCCGACUACAGCCACCUCGAUCCCAUCGCUGUCGUCGUCAUCACCUUAGUCUGCGUCGCCGCUGUCCUCUCCACCAAGGCGACCUCUCGCUUCAAUUACGUAGCCUCCAUCAUCCACCUCGCCAUCAUCAUAUUCAUCAUCAUCGCCGGCCUCACCCACGCCAAUACCAAAAAUCUCUCCGAAUUCGCUCCCUUCGGUGUUCGCGGACUCUUUUCUGCCUCCGCUGUGCUGUUCUUCGCCUAUGUCGGCUUCGAUGCAGUGUCUACGAUGGCCGAGGAGACCAGAAACCCGGCGAAGGACAUCCCGCUGGGCCUCGUCGGUGCGAUGAUCAUCACGACCGUCUGCUACUGCCUACUGGCGCUCACUCUCUGCCUCAUGCAGCCUUAUGCGCAGAUCGACCCCGAUGCGCCCUUCUCGGUGGCCUUUGAGGCCAUCGGCAUGGACUGGGCAAAGUACAUCGUGGCCUUCGGCGCCCUCAAAGGCAUGACGACGGUUCUCCUCGUGUCGGCCGUCGGGCAGGCCCGCUACCUCACCCACAUCGCCCGCACCCACAUGGUUCCUCCAUGGUUCGCCGAGGUCCACUCCACCACCGGCACCCCCAUCAACGCCACCGUGGUUAUGCUCGUGGCCACUGCGAUCAUCGCCUUCUUCACCAACCUCAACAUCCUCUCCAACCUCCUCUCCAUCUCGACACUCUUCAUCUUCAUGCUGGUUGCGGUGGCCCUCCUCGUCCGACGUUAUUACGUCAGUGGCGAGACGACCGACACCAACCGAAACAAGCUCCUAGGCGCCAUCAUGCUGAUCCUGGCAUCUUCCAUCGCGACCGCUGCGUACUGGGCGGCAGGCGGGGAAGGGUGGGUCGGUUACGUGGUGACGGUGGUGGUAUGGUUCGGGGCGACAGGGUUCUUGUGGUGGGCGGUGCCGCAGGCGAGGGCGCCGCAGACGUGGGGAGUGCCGCUGGUGCCGUGGCUGCCGUCGGCGUCCAUUGCCAUCAACAUAUUCCUGCUCGGUUCAAUCGACGGGCCUUCGUUCGUGAGGUUCGGCGUAUGGACCGUACUGCUGCUCAUCUACUACUUCUUCUUCGGGCUCCAUGCGUCCUACGAUACGGCCAAGGCUUCAGCCGCUGACGGCGCUCGAGUAUAG